AUGGCUUUAUUGAAAAGAGGGGCUCGUACUAAAACAGCAGCAGUCCCACAGAAAAGGUCUGCUAAAAUCAAAAAGGCCACUUUUGAAUCAGGAAAAAAGAAGGAAGUUGGUGUCUCUGAUUUAACUUUAUUAUCAAAAAUCUCAGAUGAAGCUAUCAAUGAAAAUUUAAAGAAAAGAUUUCUUAAUGGAACUAUUUAUACCUAUAUUGGUCAUGUGUUAAUUAGUGUUAAUCCAUUUCGUGAUCUUGGGAUCUAUAAAGACUCCAUUAUUGAGGCGUAUAAGGGUAAAAAUAGAUUGGAAGUCCCUCCUCAUGUCUAUGCAAUUGCAGAAGCCAUGUAUUACAAUUUAAAAUCGUAUAAUGAAAACCAAUGUGUUAUUAUUUCUGGUGAAUCAGGUGCAGGUAAGACUGAAGCUGCUAAGCGAAUCAUGCAAUACAUUGCUGCUGCUUCCACUUCACACUCUGAAUCUAUCGGUCAGAUCAAGGAUAUGGUGCUUGCUACCAAUCCACUUUUAGAAGCAUUUGGUUGUGCCAAAACACUAAGAAAUAAUAACUCUUCUAGACAUGGUAAAUAUUUAGAAAUCAAGUUCAAUUCUCAGUUUGAACCAUGUGCAGGGAAUAUUACAAAUUACUUAUUAGAGAAGCAAAGAGUCGUAGGACAAAUUAAAAAUGAAAGAAAUUUCCACAUUUUUUACCAGUUUACUAAAGGUGCAUCUGAACAAUAUAGACAAAUUUUUGGAGUACAGAAACCAGAACAAUACAUUUAUACCUCUGCAUCAGGCUGCACAGCUGUGGAUAAUAUGGACGAUGUUAAAGAAUUUAAUGAAACUUUGAAAGCUAUGAAAAUUAUUGGGCUAACACAAGAAGAACAAGACCAAAUAUUCAGAGCAUUAUCUGCUAUUUUAUGGAUUGGUAAUAUCACUUUCAUUGAAAAUGAUGAAGGAAAUGCACAAGUGAGAGAUACCUCUGUUACAGAUUUUGUUGCAUAUUUAUUACAAGUUGAUGCACAAUUAUUAAUAAAAUCAUUGGUGGAAAGAAUAAUGGAAACUAAUCAUGGUAUGAGAAGAGGUUCUAUCUAUCAUGUUCCAUUAAACAUUGUUCAAGCAACAGCUGUUAGAGAUGCCUUGGCGAAGGCUAUUUAUAACAAUUUGUUUGAAUGGAUUGUGGAUAGAGUCAACAUUUCUUUACAAGCUUAUCCCGGUGCUGACAAAUCCAUCGGUAUCUUAGAUAUUUAUGGGUUUGAAAUUUUUGAACAUAAUUCUUUUGAACAACUUUGUAUCAACUAUGUUAACGAAAAGUUACAACAAAUUUUCAUUCAAUUAACUUUAAAACAAGAACAAGAAACCUAUGAAAGAGAACAAAUUCAAUGGACACCUAUCAAAUAUUUCGACAAUAAAGUUGUUUGUGAUUUGAUUGAAGCAAGAAGACCACCAGGUAUUUUUGCUGCAAUGAAUGAUUCUGUAGCCACAGCUCAUGCUGAUUCUAAUGCUGCCGAUCAAGCAUUUGCUCAAAGAUUAAACCUAUUUAGCUCCAAUCCUCAUUUUGAAUUGAGACAGAACAAAUUUGUUAUUAAACAUUAUGCAGGGGAUGUCACAUAUGAAGUGAAUGGUAUUACUGACAAAAACAAGGAUCAAUUACAAAAGGAUUUAGUGGAAUUGAUGAGUACCACUCAAAAUCCAUUUAUUCAUACCAUCUUUCCAGCUGAAGUUGACAAGGAUUCAAAAAGAAGACCUCCUACUGCUGGUGAUAAGAUUAUCAAGAGUGCAAAUGAAUUGGUAGAAACUUUGUCAAAAGCACAACCUUCCUAUAUCAGAACUAUAAAACCUAACCAAACUAAAUCACCAAGUGAUUAUGAUGACCAUCAAGUGUUACAUCAAAUCAAGUAUUUGGGUUUACAAGAAAACGUUAGAAUUAGGAGAGCAGGGUUUGCUUAUAGACAAACUUUUGAUAAAUUUGUGGAAAGAUUUUAUUUGUUGUCUUCACGUUGUUCUUAUGCUGGUGACUAUAUAUGGCAGGGUGAAACAUUAGAUGCUGUUAAACACAUAUUAACAGAUACAGCAAUUCCCUCAACAGAAUUUCAAUUGGGUACCACUAGUGUUUUUAUUAAAACACCAGAAACUUUAUUUGCACUAGAGCAUAUGAGAGAUAGAUACUGGCAUAACAUGGCGGCAAGAAUCCAACGUGCUUGGAGAAGAUUCUUACAAAGAAGAAUCGAUGCAGCUACUAAAAUUCAAAGAGCUAUUAGAGAAAAGAAAGAAGGUAACAAAUAUGAAAAGUUACGUGAUUAUGGUACUAAACUUUUGGCUGGCAGAAAGGAAAGAAGAACAAUGUCAUUAUUAGGCUAUAGAGCAUUUAUGGGAGAUUAUCUUUCAUGUAAUGAAUCUAAGACAAAAGGUUCAUAUAUCAAAAGACAAGCUGGAAUUAAAGAAAAGGUUAUUUUUUCUAUUCAUGGUGAAGCAUUACAUUCCAAAUUUGGUAGAUCUGCACAAAGACUUCCAAAGACUUUUAUUGUAACACCAACUGCUUUCUAUAUUAUAGGUCAAACAAUGAUUCAAAAUUCAAUGAAAUAUGUUGCAGAAUACAUUAUUGAUGUUAAAACAAUAACUCAGUUGAACAUGACAAACUUGCAAGAUGGAUGGAUAGGUGUUGGUAUCACCGAUGUUAAUAAACCAGAUCCAUUGAUCAAUACAUACUUUAAAACUGAAUUAGUUACCCAUUUAAAAAAAUUAAAUAGUUCCAUUAAAAUUAAAAUUAAUUCUACUAUAGAAUACAGAAAGAAACCUGGAAAAAUGCAUGUAGUGAGAAGUCAAAUUAAUGAGGCAGCACCUAAGUAUGGUGAUAUUUACAAAUCCAGUACUAUUUCUGUUCGUCGUGGUCACCCUGGAAACUCUUCACAACAUAAAAAACCAAGAAAAAAGAAAAUUGGCACACAUACAUACAUAUCAAAGCCAGCUCAUAACAAUAUAUCUACAAUAUCCAAGCUCUCUACGCAAAGCAAUACUGCGCCAGUACAUCAUACUCAACAAUCAAAACCUGCUGCACCAAUCCCAAGGGCUACUACCAAGAAGAGAGCUCCACCACCACCGGUUAUGCAAGGUCAUUCCCUAGCAGCUAGUGCAGCCAAAGCCGUUUACAACCCUACAAAUAAUACCUCUAAUACUGCUGCUUCAAAUAGUACAUCUACAUCUGCCUCAAAAAGUCUAAUACCACCCACUAGCACCACUGCACAUAAAAAAGCAGCACCAAGACCACCAUCAGCCAAUAACUUAGGUAAUAGUCAAGCUCAGUCUAAAACACAAUCAACACCAAAACCAGAACAACAACCUGCUGUUGAACCAGCUACAACAACAACCCAGAAGAAGAGUGCAGGACCACCACCACCACCUCCUCCUCCUCCAAUGGCCAAACCAUCGGAACCAAAAUUCCAAGCUGCAUAUGAUUUCCCAGGUUCAGGGUCUCCUUCUGAAUUGCCAUUAAAGAAAGGUGAUAUUGUCUAUGUAAGUAGACAAGAACCGAGUGGAUGGUCAUUAGCCAAACUCUUAGAUGGAUCUAAAGAAGGUUGGGUUCCAACAGCGUAUAUGACUGAAUAUAAAGAAACUUUACCAACCCAAGUACAAUAUACUCCUGUUCCACAAAGCACUGCAUCCUCUACAAGCCAGCAACAAGAUUUCAACUCAACAAACACUUCUAUUGCAGGUGCUACCACCAUGUCCACACAGCAGAGCUUUAGUGAUGGAUUAGCAUCUGCACUAGCUGCAAGAGCCAAUAAAAUGAGACAAGAGAGUGGAGAUGAAGAAGAACAAAGUGAUGAUGAUGAUGAUUGGUAA